AAAUUCCUUCACAGGAGGGUCCUGUCGACUCAAGAUCCCCUUAAAGUUUUUGGACUUGACUGCUUCCAUGGGAAACUGUGUGUGAGGGACAGUCUACAGGAGCUCUAUGGAACAUUGAUGUCCCUGAGAGGAGUGUAGAGGCAUGCUGGUUGCUGACCAUGAAAUCUGUCAGAGAGGUAAUGGUUUUUCGACGACCAAAAUGAACAGUAAACAAGGAUGGAGAGCCGGCGCUGCCUUCCUUACUGUCAUGUUCUGCUUCGGGAUGUUGUGGUACUUACAAGUGGACACCUACAUACCCAGGUCCUAUGUAAAUGUCGGAGCCAUGUGCGCUCCAGGUGACGUCGCUUCCAAAGCAGCUUCUAUGAUCAGCAAUUACUCCAGGAAUCACCCCGUCUUCUUGGCGAUGAGCGACUAUUUCUGGGUGAAGAACGAGUCCCGCUAUCCUUUACCGUACGGCAUGAAAGGAAGUGAGGAUCUACUGAUGAAAUUUCUGGCGUUGUCUAAUCGAUACCACGUGCCUCAAGAUAUAGAGAGGUUGCGGUGCAGACGGUGUGUGGUGGUCGGAAAUGGACACCGGCUGAAGAACAGCUCUUUGGGUGAAACCAUCAAUAAAUACGACGUGGUGAUCAGGUAAGAUCAAUGUGAUUGUAGCAGUAACCAAACACAACUGCU